UCAGUUUCUCGUCAGUGGGGCGUUUCAUUUCUCACUAGAAAAUCUCAGUCAAUUAAUUUGUGGAGAACUGAGGAAACCUCACCUCUGGCAUCUUGCAAAGUCCUUAUUACUAUUGACCCCUUUUCACCCCCAAUAUAUAAUUGCUGACUUUGUAUUUAUUAUGAAAAGAAAGAAAAAAAGAAAAGACCAGGCAAAGCAAUGGAGGCAUUUUAUUUGAAAUUCCCAGGAGCUGCCACUGAGUAAGAUGGCUCUAGGAUGUCACACUUAACCUGAUCACUAAUUCUAGUGGAAUCUCAGAACCUCGGCAUUACUUCUGAAAGGUGUUUCAUGAUGGAUAAAACUACUCCAGUACCCAACAUGGAUCCAUCUGUGGCAAACAGCAGUAAGUCACAGUUUUUGCCCUUUGAAUCCUGCCAGCCGUCUCUCCCUGCAUUCUUGUUGCUCAUCAUAGCAUAUGCUGUAGUCAUGCUGGUCGGACUUCUGGGCAACCUUUGCCUAAUUAUCAUCAUCAAGAAACAAAAAGAAAAUCAAAAUGUAACUAAUGUUUUGAUUGCAAACCUCUCCAUAUCUGAUAUCUUCAUUUGCGUCAUGUGUAUUCCUUUUACUGUUGCAUAUACUUGGAUGGAUUACUGGGUUUUUGGUGAAGCUAUGUGUAAAAUAACUGCUUUUGUGCAAAGUAUGUCUGUCUCCGUUUCUACGUUUUCACUUGUAUUAAUUGCAGUUGAGAGGCAUCAGUUAAUAGUGAACCCACGUGGUUGGAAGCCCAAUGUUUCACAUGCAUUCUGGGGAAUUGUCUUCAUUUGGGCAUUUUCUGUAAUAAUAUCCACUCCCUUCUUGAUAUUUUACCAAGUUUCUGAUGACCCCCUGCGAAACCUCUCUUCCCACAGUGAGAGCUAUGCCAACAAAAUUGUCUGCAUUGAGGUGUGGCCAUCCAUCGAAGAACAGCUGGGCUUCACCACCACCAUGUUAGUUUUCCAGUACUUCUUUCCCCUAGGGUUCAUUUUCAUCUGUUAUCUAAAGAUAUUUGUGUGCCUGCAGAAGCGGUACAGUAAAGUGGAUAAGUUAAGGGAGAAUGGGAGCAGGUUAAAUGAAAAUAGAAGGAUUAAUAUUAUGUUAAUUUCAAUUGUUGUGACGUUUGGGGCCUGCUGGUUACCUCUGCACAUAUUUAACAUUGUGUUUGACUGGAAUUAUGAAACCUUGAUGCAUUGCCACCACAAUGUGGUCUUUACCUUGUGCCACUUGGUAGCCAUGAUCUCAACAUGUGUUAAUCCCAUUUUUUAUGGAUUCCUCAACAAGAAUUUUCAAAAAGAUAUGAUUAUUCUGCUUCACAACUUCAGAUGCUUGGAAUCUCAAGAGAUAUAUGAGAACAUUGCCCUUUCAACUCUGAACACUGAUAUGUCCAGGGGAUCCCUGAAAUUCAGCAGCAUGCCUGCAAACAUCUGAAGCAACUUUCCAAUCCUUUCCAUAUUUUUCAACUGAUCUACGUAUUGUAUUGCUGAAUUCCUCUUAUGGGGAAGUGUGCUUUUUGGGUGAUGAAAUCAAAGGCCUAGUACCUGUUUUGUUAGAAGCAGACACAGAGCCUAACGGAUCUUCCACAUGAAUAAAGCAAAAAUUAUGUAUUAAA